AUGAUUAAACGUUUUAAUCUUGUUUAUAAAUCACUUGUGUUUCCCAUUCCUAAGAGUGUAAAUUUGUUUAAUUUUUGUGGAUUUGCAACAAAUGGUAAAAGAAUAACCGCUGGUAAGCUGCUUGAGGGCUGUGGUAUAAUGGGCUCCUACGCUAACGCUCUGUUUUUAACUACGGAAAAGGCCGGGAAUCUUAGUGAGGUAAUGAGUGACUUAAAGUUCAUUUCAAACUCACUCGUGACGUGUGAGGACUUUCGCACGUUCAUGACAACUCCGGGCCUCAGGACUUCGCAGAAGAUGAAGUUUCUCAGGGAGGAUUUUGGUACUCUGGGCUCGCCCUUACAGCCUCAGACUCUAAACUGCCUAGAAAUGUUAUUUGAGCAAAAGAGGUCCGCAGAGUUUUUAACACUUGCAAAACACUUUGAAACUUUAUUUUUAAGGGCAAAUAAUCAGCUUAAAUGUCUGGUUCAGUCUGCGGAGAAACUGACUGCUGAGGCGAAGGAGAGGAUAACUGAAGCUCUAAGGCAUAGGUUAGGUAACUCCUGUGAACCUGUGGUUGAGUUUAAAGUGACCCCGUCGAUUCUUGGCGGACUUCUGGUCAACGUUGGGGAUAAAGUAGUUGACACCUCAGUCGCCAGUAAACUUGAAAGGAUCCAGUCACACUUAAGGAAUUGA